UCGUUUCUACGAUGCCGCAGAUUCUUCUCUUACGCAAUCCGUCUCGUGUUCUUACACCCGUGAAAACAGUCGUAAGGAUCAUACUCGAGUCAGGGUUGCAACUUUUUUUACGCGUUUCAGCCAUAUCUUUCGACGUCUUCGUCGAAAGGGGUUGAAAAGAGGAAAUAGGUAAGGACGCGAGUCGAUCAGCCAUGAGAGCACGAUCGAUCCAGCGUUGUCGUUAUUUUUGUACCUCGAACACAAAGUGGACGUUGCUCCACGUUUACGCAACGUCUGUGCUUCUACAACCGUGAAAACACGAUCUUGUUACAAGGACCAAGGGAAGAACCUGCCGGUUCCUUCGAAAUUUCGUUAUGUUACUCCCAGACAGUUUUCUCGUGGAAUGUUUUCCUCUACCAUAUCCGAUACUUUUCGCCGAUUCGGUGCGAUUGUAUAAUAUUAAUUUCAUUGUAUGCGUUUUCGCAUUUUCGCGGGGAAGAUGCUCUAGAUUAUUUCACCGAUCCCAUCGAUCUGAUAGCUAGGUUUUUUGUUUUCGUGGGAUUCUCUGCAGAAUGGAAAAUCCUCGUCACGUGUACCAGUGCCGAAAUCACUCGGUCUUAUCUCGCACAGUGUAUCCAAGGUUUAACCACGCUGCCUUCCUCCUGUGUAUUACACCCGAAGAAGUUUGUUUUUUAAGCUCUUAAGAAAUUUGUCGAUUCGAACGAUGACAGAACACGAUUGGAUCGAGAAUGAUUUAGUGGGAAACAUGCAGGUUAAUAUCUGUCACUGACCAUCCUGCGACUUAUCGAAUUAAAGUAUCCGGCCAAGUUACUUGUCAUAUCGAUUUUCCGUUUUUUCUCAACAUCCUCCGAUAAGGCUAGAUACAAGAAUUCUUCCAUUUCAUUUUUUCUGCUACGAAGGAAGAUUUCCCAAUAAAAUUGAAAGUACGCGUUCGUUACCAUUUAUCAAGUACAGGAGGUUACAAUCAAGUGAGAAAAAAAGAAAAAAAAAAAAAAGAAAAAUAUAUAUAUCUCUCAAGGAAAUAGGAAGCUCCAAAGUACUUCCUUUCUUCCGAUCGAGAUACCUCGAGGUACGACGUAGCUAAACAGGCGGAAAAUAGAAAUCUCGCACGAUCAAAUCGUUCAUUUGCAUGCCGUAGUCUGUUCCAUCCUCUUCUCGGUAGCCCCUUAAUUUUCGAGGCGCGUUCAGUGCCAAUUAGCGGCGCAUAAUUGCUGACCGCGAACAUUUCGAGAUUGACAUGCAAAUUCCAUGGUAUUAGAUAGCUGAUUUUAGCCACGGUUCGCAUACUUUACCUUCGAAUCGAGUAACAAAAUACUGCGUCGUUUUCAAAUAUAUCCUGCAGCGAUUUAUCAAACGUUCGUGUAGUUUACAAAGUAAAACGGUUGCCACGGCUAAUACUAAGACGCCACUUGUGUAACGAUCGUGUAUUUUAGACGUGAAAGAAGAAUGGACAAGAAGAAGAAAGACAAGAGGAGGAUAGUUGUCGUUUUGAAUUAAAUUAUUCUUAAUUAUAUAUCACGCCGAUUACAAAAUCCGUGUAACGUUCGUGGGAAGGUCCGCUCGGCUGUUUUACGAUUGAAAAUAGCAGGCAAUCGUAUCUCGAGGGAAACGCCAAGCGUCGACGAAGAAGAAAACUUUUGUUUUCCUCUCUUGUUAAGAAACCUGUUAUUAAGAAUGUUAUAGUCGCGUUAAAAAAUCUCUUGGUGACUCCCCGAUGCAAGACUGGUUCUAUCGAUGCUUCAAACGCGUUAUCGCGCAACGUAUCUGUUAACGUUGCUGUUUCCAAUGCUGUGUAGCGUAAAAGCGCAGGUGUUGUCGCGGUAAGAAUGGACGAGACCGUGUGUUUUUUUUUUUUUUUCAGAAACAGGCGAUCAAAAGGGGACCAUUUGUUUUAAUGGACACUUUCGUCAGACGGUUACUCUAUAUUCCGAAUUUUCACACGCUCGGCAAUGUUCAGUCGCUAUAAGCCUUCGUAAUUUCGUAACGAGUUGACUUCCGAGCAUCUUUCCUGUCGCCGUACAAAAGCGACAUGAAAGUUUUUUCUCACGUUUCUACCACUGUGUCGACCGAUUAAAUAUUUAAUUACGAUAUUACGGGAUUAAUUACUAACCAAAGUAUGGGGCGGAGUAUCGUCAAGUUUGUCGUAUUAGCAAUCCGAUCGUUCUGUUUUCCAUCGCCUGUUUCGUGGUGGUGACAAACUAGUAAUCGCGCGCAACGAUCAUCGGUCGAUUCUCGACGCGUUUUCGAAUCUAUCGUUAGAAAUCCUUAUCGAUUUAGUUACGCGUCCGCCGAUUGUCUAAUUAUUUUAAUUGAUAUCUCGAUUUUUAUCCGCAUCUUGGUACCUGUGCAUGUGCGCACAAUCGAAGCUUCGCUAUUCUUUUUUUUUACGUAACACUCUGUUGGUAGCGUAUGGAUUUUAUUGUAUCCAGAGUUACGUAAGCAAUAUAACAUCAAUUAUAACGAAUGCUAGGAAGCGUCUUUCGACUCGCUUUGCUAGCAACGCAAGCUACGCGUUCGCCAAUUUCUUCGCUUUUAUCAUCGAUAUCUGUGCUUACGAUAUCUCUGACACGUAACAUCGUUGCUGUGUGUUUUACAAUACAUUCCGGUUGUGCUUGAACGAGACUGGCCGAGGCUGUCCCACAUUCGGUAGCGCGACACCUGUUCGUCGGCAAAUUAAUAGUCACUCGAAUCUCAUUGUAAAACGAAGGAGCGUAGUAACGGAGAAAUGCGAACGUUCACAGCGACGAGAGCGAAUCCUUCGAUUCGAUAAAACAAAGACCGUUGCGAUUAGAAAUAAAACUGCUAUUUUCUUCUAUCUAUCUUCGUUCGAACAAAUAGUCCAUUUCUGUCUUAUUCGUGACUGUUGGCGCGCGAAGAUAGAAUCGCCGUUGUUAUCUCGCUUACUUGAGAUUUAUCAAAAGUUUGGCGAUAACAAUAGACGCGUAUAUACGUACGUGUGCGUGGUGGCAUCGAGCUCGUGCUGGCGACUCGUCGCGCGUUUUAUCAGUCGACGCGAGUCGGAGCGAGCUGCGGUGUCCCAGAUUUUCAGUCGCACGUAUACGCGACGGUGCAUAGCACGCAGCCGGUUGUCGAUCGUUCGCCGAUCCUAGAUCGGUCCAUCCUUAGAACGGUUUCGCGGUUGAACGGGCGCGGAUCGAUCGAUCGGUAGCUGCAUCUACGGUUACGUUUCCGGAUACACGGAAUCGACAGAGUGGCCCGGCCACAGUCGCGUUCGUAUCGAGAUCGCGUUCGCGCUUCGAAACACUCAUCUUCGGAGCAAGAGUUGAUAAUUCGGUGUGUUUGUCAGUGAUGUGGAUCGUCGAACGAGUGGCAACUGCCAAGGUAAAUAACAGCAAGUAUCGUUUAUCACGCGUAUACGUUUUAUCCGUACGGCGAUGCAAGCUGCAUCGUCGAGGCUGUUCCUUCGUAAUCUUCGGAUGACACUGGUCGUUGCGUCUUAUCUCUUUACGAAGGUUUAGUUCGUGUCUCGUGUUUCACGGAGACAUCCUCUUCAGAGAAACGAUCGCGUAUCGAGGAUCGUAAGAUUUCGUUAUCUUCUUUAUAUAUAAUGGGUAUUUAUCGACGAUAAAGACGGUGAUAGGAUCUUUAGAGAAAUAAAAAUCGCGCCUGAAUUUUUCUCCUAUAUUUCUUCUUUUCUAGUUGCGAUAGUUACCGAUCUACUCAUCUUCUCCUUCCGCGUUUUUGCCGAAGAAAAAGAGCGGUAUCGUAGAAUGGCGAGACCGUGGGAAAACGUGGGAGGGAACGGCGAUGAGUUACGAUGUAUCGUUGCGUUUCGUUCGGAUCGAUAACGAGAAAUCUGCUCGCUCGCUAUCGUCCGUAAUAUCGGUUAAUUGGGAGAUACGUGGCGCGUUGGAAGCGUAAUUAAAAUAAAGCAACAUUGUCGCGAUUAAAAAGAGUAAAUAUAGCCAAGUGUAUGGUUUAAAUUCCAACAGCGCGAGACGCGCGCCGUUGCAGUUUGUUCGUGACACGGGUAUAAUAGCUUCCGGUCAGACACACAUCCACCGACGUUUCCGGUAUCGUCGUUAUCCUCUCGUGAACUCGAAGCGAGAAGGGAACUCCUCUCCUUCCCUGUUUCCCGCGUCGGACAACGGCGUUCCCUCAAAUUUCUUUUACGAUCGUGUACGUUUCGACGUCGAUGUUCGAGAAUUUAGUUACUUGCCCGCGGAAUUGAUAAAGUCCGAUAUCUCGAUGCGUAACGGAAAUCUUGGAAAACCGUAAUAACGAUCAGUGACUAUCUGCAGCUUCGUUUCGUUCUCGAACGAUACCGUUACUAUUAAUACUUUACUUCUUGCUUCUCUUUGCAUAGAUAUCUUCGAAUCGCACGAUAAAUCUUUGCGCCUUUAUCGAAUAUUCUCCAGGCUGUCGCGAGAACCAGUUUCUUCGCAUUAGCGUCAGACUACGCAUGCAGUUUAGAACACCCGGUACGUGAACAGGCGCGUUAACAGUUCUAGCGUUGUACGCGGGUGUAAUUGGACGACAGGUGUAGAGGCGCGAGCAACAUACAAGGUGCCCGAAAAUAAAUUUGUCCAGCUUUUGUCGCGCCAUACCGGUGUUAUGGUAUUCUCGACUCGAGUCGGUUAAACUCGCUCGCGUAUCGCUCUUUAUUUGCUCGUACGAGUUUCCUUCUUCUAUUCUAUUUAUGGAAAGUUCGUUAUCGGGUUUCGCGAAAGAGAGAAGAAUGUAGCCGGAGUAAAAUUUCACGAACGGCUCUCCGACUCGACCUUGGUUCUUGAAUUUCUGCGCUCUCGUCCCCGGGAGCGCGGAAACCAGCGCACGUUUUCGAAACGGUAACUGCACACACGGAUUCGCGCCGACGCAACGCGGCGUAAGCUCGAACAACAGUAUGUCCACACCUGACCAACGGACGGAAUACGUUAACGAAUCCCUUUUCACUUGACUAUCGGUCACCUGACGCGUUUCCUGCCCGCUCGAAGCCAAGCCCCCCGUACACAUUUAGGAUUCUCGAUAGCAUCGUGUUUUAUGUGCACCGGCGCAUCCGUUUCGUUCGAUUAAAUCUGUGACCGGGGACAAUGACUGGUUUUGUAUAAAAUAGAGCAGGUGAAACGACUCUUUGUACCUCGAGUAUCCUAAGCGACGUGGCACGAUACGUUUUCCAAACUUGGACAGAGUUUGGCUUGACUUCUAUAUUUGCGAGCGAAACGAUCGAGAACUGGCCGCACGGAAAGAGAGCGAAAGCAACGAUCGAGCUGGAGCGCAAGGUGCAACACGUGCUGCGCGACAGCUGUUUUCCGGUUUAAGCCGAGACGUUAAGCACGUUUUUAAUUUCGCGGUUGAACGCAUUUCGGAAUACAACGAUGACGAUAAUAACGUCUACGAGGGGUCGGUCGGUUCUCCCUUCUGCUCGUUAGGUCGCUGGAAAUUGCUCGAGUGUUUCACUUACCCGGCUCUCCGUACGUCGUAUACGUAAAAGUUACGCUUUGCACUUUGUUUGGCAUAACGAGAUGGUCUUGUUACGAUUACGGGGAACGACGACCAGCGUUGAUUCAGAUGCUCAGCCACCAUAUUAAUCGGCUUUGGAAAUUGGAAAGUAGAAAAAAGCGUGUCGUUUAUUUGCAGUAAAAACUAACCUUGCGAGUAAAUUAUUUGUUUAUCGAGAAUUUGCAUCCAAACGGUAAAACUGAGACGCUUACCGAGAGAUUAGGUUUCUGAGAGGCUCGAUAUUUCGUAUUGUUCCCACUAAUUCUAUUACGUGUGAUUAAAGGAUCACGGUGACACGAACAAGGCCGAUUUGGAGCAAGUGAAAAUAGUGUUCUGAGGACAGACAGGAUCGAGAACCGUCAUGGAAGACGAGGACUUUGGUUUUACGAAGAGGUCUGACGGUGUCCUGAAGAAUGUUAACAACGAGUUAAACGAUUCUAAAGAUGCGACGAAAAACGACGAGGACGGGGGAAACGGUUAGCGGGCAUAGAUCAGUGAUGACAGCGCCGUUAUUCGGGGCGACCGAGACCGGAAACGCCGUCCCUCAGCGGCCAGCGACCGCCUCUUCGUCCUCUCCGGCUUCCUCAGUCGUUUCCAACCCGCCGAACAUACCGAACGUGGUCGAGUAUCACCUGAAAGUGAAGCCCGGACAAACACAGAGAAUCUGUCCACUCGAUAACAGUACCAAAGGUCAAGAGCUGAACGAUAUGAAGAAGGACAAAAGUCUCGCUUCUUCCACCGACAAAAAGAAGGACCUCGUAUCAAAAUUGUCUCGUCUAUCCAUCGAUAACAAUGUCUUCGAGGGUUCGACGGAUCUUCCUCAGGUGUUCCAGGUGAAAUAUCUGGGCUCUCACGAUGCCAGGGGCCUCUGGGGCAUCAAGCACACGAGGAGGCCCGUCGAUAAUAUGGUUGCUGCCGCGAAAGCCUUACCGACCAACACCAUGCUCCCUCUGACCAAACUGGUCGUCUCUCAAGAAGGCGUUGCCCUGCUGCCUAUCGAGAAAAGGAAGCAAGACUCCAACUUUGCCAGGAUAUACGCCAUCGAAACGAUCUCGUACGGUGUUCAGGAUCUCGUCUACACGCGUGUCUUCUCCAUGAUCGUUGUACGCGAAACGGAGAAUUUCAGGAGAGUUUCGCCGUUCGAAUGUCACGCUUUCGUUUGCGAAUCGAAACAUCACGCGAGGCAGCUCACCUGCGCUUUAGCCACCGCUUUCGACAUUUAUUCGAGAACCGUGAAGGCGCAGAAUCAAAUGGCUGAGAUGGCAAGCAAGAACGCGAAGAAAAGGUUCGCCAUCGAUCUUAGAAGUCCCGAGGAGAUCGAAGCCGAUUUAGCCGUGGAUUCUGAGGCUUAAAUUAGGUUCUUCUCCCCGAUGAAAUUUUUACUCUCUCUAUUUUGCUGUUGCAAGACUGCUACGGCGAAUCGACGAGAACUAGUGUCAUGCAGGGGUGUAGGACAUCUGCUCGGUGGACGACACAGGGUACACGUUGUCGAAAAUAUUUAAUAUACGUAGAUCGCGUUAUAUCGAUAGAUACAGGGUGAUUCACGGGGGCAAGAAUCGAUCGGAGACGUAGAAUAAAACUUGUUCGUACUUGUGGCGCCUCAUUUUCCAGAGUAAAACGUAGAAUAUCGAAAGAAACGGCUUUUGGUCUAUAUUUUCGACCCGUUUUUACGCGAGCAAAGAUCGUGCGUGCUUUUUGGUUGCUCCACAAUUUCGGAAUCUUCCUAUACAAGUCCAUUUAAGAAAAACGUUUAUACGCUAUACGAACAAAAGAUCAGUGGCCUGAUCUUCUUCUAAGAAGAGUCUUAAAGACGCAAACGUUUAUAUCGUCGUUUGUUUUUGGUUUAAAGAGAGCUUGUAUCUGUAAGUGAAUUAUUUAAGUGCUAAGUAUUAUUUUUUUACUAUUGUUAUAAGAAUUAUAUUCGUGUAGUCGUACUAGGAGGCCAGUGGCUAUCAGGUAUAGAUCAGAUCAGAAGUGUACAUACGUUGAUUUCGAUUAUCUUUCUUUCGACUGAAAUGUACUUGAAUCAGAGUUCCGAUACGCGCUUUAGGUUUCUCCUGACAAAUGUGAAAGUGUGUGUGGGCACGAAAGUUGACGUAAUUAUUGUGGUUAAUUAUUUUAUCGGAAUUUAUGCAUCGGAGGAAUAGGCACCGCCUAUCCACGAUAUAAUGGCUAGUUAUCCAAAGAUACAAAAUAGAAAAAGAGCCGAAGAUUUACCGAUUCAUUUCGGUGACUUUUGCCAUCUCGUAUCAUAUUAUCCGAAUUUAAAACAAAAAGAGAUUGGAUUUUUCUCUAGCCGCUUUGCACGUGUGCGUGUGUGUUUUUAGUUUCUUUUAUUUUUUUCGUACUUUCGUUAAUGUACAGUAACCGCGUCGAAUACUAAUUCUUCUAUAUUAUGUAAUUUAUUUUCGACUUAUUUUAAGCCACGAGAGACCAAUAUCGAAACAUAUCAAUCGUUGUAAAUAAAUGUUUAACGGAAAUGUCGUCGUUAACGUUCUUUAGCUUCGUAAUGAUUACGUAAUAAUUUCGACGUCUUAUUUAGCCGUUAAGUUAAUCUUUGCUUUUCGUUGAUUAUUACCGCACCGUCGUAGUUUGUGUUUCUUUCUAGGCUUGGGACAUUUGUGUAACUCCUUUCCGCGCGUGAUUGCUUAAUUAUAAAUAUGGAAAUAGCAGUAUUAGUUACAUGUACGACAGCUAUAUGCAAUAAAUUUGUUGCAGACGCUUCAACUCCUUUAUUUCAA